AUGCCGUCGCGGCUCGCUAGGAAAAAUGUCCAACAGCUCUUCGCCCCCGUCCUGAUCUUCCAACCCGUCCCCAUCCAUCACGUCCCGCAACGGUCUUUCGGCAUCAAGUCCUUGUACCCUCCCAAAACAAGUCGUUUCAAUGUCGGCCCAGACCUCCCUAUCCUCGGGGCCUCCCCGGCUGCAGCAUUUGAACGUAAAGUCAACGUGCUUCCCCGUCGCACUGGUGCUAUUGCCAUAAAGAAGGGCAUGUCGGCAAUUUUUGACCCGGAAACUGGAAAGAGGACUCCGUGCACCAUUUUACAAUUAGACAGGGUGCAGGUUAUUUCGCACAAGACUCGCGAGAAGCAUGGGUACUUUGCGGUACAGGUCGGCUUUGGAUGGAAAAAUCCGAGCAACGUUACGAGGCCAAUGUUGGGUCAUUUCGCAGCGAAUGAGGUUUCUCCCAAACGAUACGUGCACGAGUUUCGGGUCAGAGACGAAGUAGGAUUGUUGCCAAUUGGGCAGAUGAUAAAUGCCGAUUGGUUCCAGGAAGGCCAGUUUGUCGAUGUGAGGUCGCAUAGCCGCGGCAUGGGAUUUACUGGUGUCAUGAAACGAUGGGGAUUUGGUGGGCAAGAUCGAUCCCACGGUGUCAGUUUGACGCAUCGCUCGUUAGGCUCAACGGGCCCAAGUCAAGGCGGCGGUUCGCGAGUUUAUCCAGGCAAAAAGAUGCCUGGGAACAUGGGUAACGAACAAGUAACAACACAAAACCUAAAGGUCCUCAAGGUUGAUCCGGAGAAGGGUCUUGUGGUUGUAAAAGGCAGCGUGAGUGGGCCUAAGGGUCGUUGUGUCAAGAUACAGGAUGCCAUCAAGAAGCCAUUGCAGCAGAUACCCUCUCACUCGGUAGAUCCAGUGGAGCCGACAAAAUAG